CGUGGGCCGGCCGCGGCUGGUGGCGGAGGGAGGGUCGGUGACGGUGGGAGCCGGCGGGCGCUCCCCGUGGGCCGGUAAUAGCGGACGGGGCGCCACAGCCAGGUAUGUACAAGUGUUGUGGUGAUCAGCGUACUGCAGAAAAGAAGUAAUCCGAUGCAGAAGAUCAAAACUUCUUAGAAAAACUGGAUGGCUUCUACAGUGAGUGUGAACUUGGAUAAAGACACGUCAUUGGAUGGAAUACCACCUGCAAAAAAGCCCAGAAAACUGUUGCCAAGCCUUAAAACCAAAAAGCCCCAGGAACUUGUUCUGGUCAUUGGGACAGGGAUCAGUGCAGCAGUAGCUCCUAAAGUUCCAGCACUGAAGUCUUGGAAAGGGUUAAUCCAGGCCCUGCUGGACGCUGCUAUUGACUUUGAUCUUCUUGAAGAGGAGGAGAGCAGAAAGUUUCAGAAAUGUCUCCAAGAAGAUAAGAACCUUGUUCAUGUUGCCCAUGACCUUAUCCAGAAACUAUCUCCGCGCACUAGCAAUGUCCGCUCCACAUUUUUCAAAGACUGUUUAUACGAGGUGUUUGAUGACCUGGAGUCUAAAAUGGAAGAUUCUGGGAAACAGCUGCUUCAGUCUGUGCUUCACUUAAUGGAAAAUGGAGCACUCGUAUUAACCACGAACUUUGAUAACCUGCUGGAACUGUAUGCCGCAGACCAAGGGAAACAGCUUGAAUCUCUCGACCUUACUGAUGAAAAAAAGGUGAUGGAGUGGGCGCAAGAAAAAAGGAAGCUCAGUGUCUUGCAUAUCCAUGGAGUUUACACAAACCCCAGUGGAAUAGUGCUUCAUCCAGCUGGGUAUCAGAAUGUGCUGCGCAAUACAGAAGUUAUGGGGGAGAUCCAGAAGCUGUAUGAAAACAAAUCAUUCUUGUUCCUGGGCUGUGGCAGGACUGUUGAUGACACCACGUUUCAGGCCCUUUUCCUAGAAGCUGUGAAGCACAAGUCGGACCUGGAACACUUCAUGCUUGUGCAGAGGGGAGAUGUGGAUGAGUUUAAGAAGCUCCGUGAAAACAUGCUGGAUAAAGGGAUUAAAGUCAUUUCAUAUGGAAAUGAAUACGCAGACUUACCUGACUACUUUGAGAGGCUAACAAGUGAGAUCUCCAUGCGGGAUCGAACAGGUCUGCCUAGAGAAGGACAGCUAAAUGGCUCUUCUACAGCCCACACUGAAAUCAAAGAGGGCACCUGAGCAUCUACCCUUGCAGCUCAACUGAUUGUGCUACUGGUUAAUCUGAGUUAAAGACCCUGGCACCUACUGCACAGGCCUGUGAACCUCAAAGUCAGAAUGAAGAAUCUCCCCUUUUCAGUAGCUGGUUCUUGAGCAACUGGGAUUCAGCUGUGAUCCUGCCACUCUAAAACCAGCUAGAAACUACCAGACUUCACGUUGGUAGGUCCUGGCUGGUGAAGCCGACGUGUAGUUUACACAGCAGCUGUGAUAUCCUUUCUCUCAAGGUUGCAGAAUCUGCCAGGAGAGUUUCUCUCUCUCUCUGAGCAGCAGCAGCCUGGGCAGUUUCAUACCUUGUACUUUUGUAUUCUGUACAUUUCAGUGAAAUGAAACUUGCUGUUUUUAUUACUUGAAGCUCUAGUUUUCUAGUUCUUUCUUUAUACUGUACAGUAUUUUGUACGUUGAAGGUGUAUUAAAAGCCUGCUUCACUUA